UGAAAACGGAGAGAUGAUGCUUGAAUUCUUGGGAAGCAACGAGCUGAUGCCAUUGAACGGUAGGAGGGAAUGCGAUAAGCCGGAGUUCACCAGGCAGCGGGCAGUUUGCAGUGAAUACUCGAUCCUCGACUACAUCCUGGUAGAUAGGGGGAGCACACAGAUCCCAGAGCUGCACGUGAGUGCGAUAGAUAUAGGUUCGACCGACCACUUCCUCAUAUGGGCAAACAUCGACCGAUCCAGAAAGAUCAAGAGUAAGAAACAGAGGAAAGUGUUCCGAUGGAAGGUAGAGCGUUUGGGAGACGAUGGGACACGGGAUGAAUUCCAGAAGGGGCUGGCUGGUAGUGUAGAAUCCUUCAGGAAACUGCUGAGAAGCGUCGAAGACGGACAGGUAGACGUACAGGCAGCAGGGGACAGGGUGAUUGAAGGGUGGGAGUCCAUCGUGAACGCAACGGCAGAGAGAGUAGUGGGAAGGAAGGUGGUGAAGGGACUAGUGAAAAAGAAGAAAAAGUGUAUUUGGGACGAAGUAGUGCAGAAGGCCAACGGAGGCCUGGAGGGAAACGUCAAGCAGAUGUGGGAAGGGAUUAGUGGAAUGGUAAAAAAGACCGCGCAAGGGGGGGAUACAGGGGUCGCAACUUUGCGAGGUGUGAACGGUGGAUUAGUCAGCAGUGGGAAGGGAAAAAGGGAAGUUCUAGCAGGACACUACAAGAGACUUGGAGUGCCCUCGGAGAAUGAAGCUUUUGACCAAGCGUUUAAGAAGGAGGUGGACGCAUGGGCCCAAAAAGAAGAAGAGACAUCGAAGGCAGACGUUGGGAACGUAGAACUAGAAAAGGAGUUCACUGAGGACGAGGUUGAGGCGUGUGUGAACAAGCUGAAGUGCCACAAAGCAGCAGGAGCGGAUGGGAUAGUCAACGAGUUCAUGAAGUUUGGGGGGAAGGGGAUGAUCCAGCUGAUGGUACUGCUAUACAAUUGGGUGUGGAAAAACGAGUAUACGCCAAGUAGAUGGAGGGAAGGAGUGGUUGUGAACUUGUUUAAGAAAGGAGACAAGACUGACCCAGGAAACUACAGGGGGAUCACACUGUUGAACACAGUAGGAAAAGUGUUCUGUAAGCUGCUGAACGAUAGGAUAGUGGGAGUAUUGGAGAAGGAACAUAGCAUUAGUGAGGGCCAGGCAGGUUUCCGCAAGAAGAGGGGGUGCGUAGACCACGUGUUCACGGUAGGGAGAAUCAUCCAAGGUAGAAAGAGGGCGGGAAAGCCGACGUACUGCUUCUUCCUGGACGUGAAAAAGGCAUACGACACCGUGUGGAGAAAUGGGUUGUGGAAACAACUGUCCAAAUACGGGAUCAAGGGGAAAAUGUGGAGAGUGCUGAAGAAGAUGACAGAGUGUACGAAAAGCGCGGUCAUGCUAGACGGAGAACUGUCAAAAUUCUUCGACAUUGAGCAGGGGGUCCCACAAGGUUGCACGCUGUCCCCAACAUUGUUCCAGGUGUUCAUCAACGAUCUGUUGGAAGUCGUAGAGGCAGUCCGGAAGGGAGUAAAAGUAGGGGACACGGAAACGUCGGUUUCAGGAAUGCUGUUUGCGGAUGAUUUUGUCGGUAUGUCGGACACCCCUGAGGGACUGCAACUGCAAAUUGACGCGGCGAAGAAGUUUACUGAUAAGUGGAGAUUGUCUGCCAACGUUCAGAAGAGUGCCGUCAUGGUAUGCAACGAGAACAAGGAGGAACCAGUAGAACAUAGAUGGAAGUGGGGGAUCGAGGAGAUUGCAGUAGUGGACCAGUACACAUACCUCGGAGUAGAGAUCGCAAAAGACUGCUCGUGGAAUGCACACAUGUCCAAGGUAGCGGAAAAGGGCAAAGCACGAGCAGGGAAGCUGCACCCAAUACUCGCAAACCGGCACCUCGAUACACGCAUCAAAUUGACGGUUUUGAAGAGCGUAAUCGUACCGCCGCUAGAGUACGCCGGAGAAGUAUGGGAAGGAAAUAAGAAGGUAGUGAAAGAACUCGAGGCGGCGCAGAUGAAAGCAGCGAAAACCAUCCUAGGAUGCUCCAGGCGCACAAGUAAUGCAGCCGUGAGGGCAGAAUUGGGGAUCCAAUCCCUACGGUCGGGAAGAGACGCGAGGAAGCUGACCUGGCAGUAUCGCAUGUGCGGGAUGGGAGAGGAGAGGAUGCCGAGAAUUGUAUGGGAGGCGAAGUGGGCAAACAAAAAGAGGGGUAGACAACCCACGGAAUGGGUCAAGGUUGUAGAGGACGUAUGGAAGGGGCUCGACAUCGACGAAGAUGAAACGCUGGAAACGGAGGGUCUACAGGGGUUCAAGGAGAAGAUAUCUGUUGCUUGUGCCGAGAGAGAAGAACAGAAUCUGAGGAAAGAAUCCAAGGAUAAGGAGGGUCUAGAAGUGUACGGAAUGUUGAAGGAAGGAAUAGGGUUCAAGGACUACCUACAUGGACCAAUGGAUGCAGGAACAAAGCUUAAGGUCAAAUUCAGGACCGGGGACAUAGGCCUUCGAGAACGUCGACGAAGACAUAGGACGGUAGACGAGGAAGACGACGAGUUCAAAUGUGAUUGCGGCUUCGAAUGCGAAGACCGUGUUCAUGUAGUCGCGGAAUGUCCGUUGUACAAGAAGGAGAGGGAAGUGUACGUGACUGAGCUGGGAAAAAUAGAUGGAACGUACAGGGAGAUGUUUGAGGCAUGGAAUAGAGAGGAAAGGACGGUAGCUGUACUGGGGCAUAGGAGGUGGGUUGAAAAGGCGGGAAGGGAUAUCGUUAGGAUAGACAGACUAGGGAAGACAUUUUUGAGCCACCUUUGGCAAAGUAGCAAGGAACGAUUGGCCAUCGGUGAUCGGUCCUGUGGGAACAAUGCCCCGUCCUCUCGAGGACGCGUGGUCGAUGGUCUAACCGCUAAGGCAUGCAAAAGAAAAAACAUAAGAACGCCUCCUCCUCAUGACAAACUGAUUUCUAGAGCAUGUGUGUCCUCCGUCACCUCGCGCCGGUAGUGGUCGUGGGUCUUCAGCGG